AAAGGUGGUGAAUUACUAUUUUGUCUUACUAUGUUACACAGGGUCAUGUUCGUCUUUUCACAUGCAAUUUGAGAAUUAUGGAAACCAAGAAGGUGGCGCCAUUUUGUGCUCACUUUCAAAUCUCCUCACUCCUUUACUCUCUCUCUUUCUCUCACCCCAAUCCCCAAUUCGAAAACCCUAACAAAAAAUCUCACAUUUCCCCCUAAAAACUCCGAGUCUUGGCAAUUGAACGAAAACCCAGAAUUGUGAUGGAGAAAAGUAGGCGGGUAAUGUGCCCGGAGAAUGACGGACUAGCGAAUUACUUGCUGCAGAAGAGGCAAGAACUAGCGGAGAAGCCCCAAGGGAUAAAAGAAAACACAGACAUGACUCUUUCAAAGGCUUACAACAACAUUUGCAAGGCUCAGCAUCCCAUCAAGACACUCAAAGAUCUCAAUGACAUCAAAGGUGUCGGGAAAUGGAUUCUGGUGCUUAUGCGCAGCUAUUUCGACAAUGGUUCAGGAAGUUCAGAACCAGAAGACGUAACCACAAAGGGUACAUGUAAGAAAACUAAAGGAAACAGACGUUAUUUGCCACAAAAGAAUUCUGUGGCAUAUGCAUUGUUGAUUACCCUAUACAGGGAGACUGCAGAUGGGAAUGAAUUUAUGCAUAAGCAGGAUCUUAUUGAUGCAGCUGAAGCAAGUGGGCUUUCUCGAGCACCAAUUGCGCCAGACAAAGGGAAAGGAAGACCUAGCCAAUUUGGAAGUUCUUCGAGGGACUGGUAUAGUGGAUGGAGCUGCAUGUCAAUACUGAUAAAAAAGGGGUUUGUUGCGAAAUCAAGUUGUCCAGCAAAAUACAUGCUGACACCAGAAGGCAAGGAAGCGGCACGUGAAUGUCUCAUGAAAUCUAAAAUGGAAGAUCCCUUAGAAAAUUUGGUUAAUGUGGAACGGUUUUCUCAACCAGAGAUGCAGAAUGCAUGUAUUGAGGAAUUUGUUCAUUCUGAUUCAGUUAGGGAAGAGGCAAAUGCAACAGCUGCUUUUCGGCAGAAAAAAUCCAUUGAUGUUCCCCUUGAUUCUCUUGAAAAGUGUACUCGCAUGGGGUACUCUGAGGGGCAAGUACAUUGUGCUUUUGCUGAAGUCUCUGAAACUUCCAAGAACAAGGAGAUUUCUUCUCUUUGGCCUGCAGUCUUGUGUCGUCUUCGAGAAGAUCAAGUCUAUGGGCAAGAAGAUCGUAUGGGAUUUCAAAGUACUCGGAUGGAUUUAACUGAUGAUGGUGGAGAUGUGCCGAAUGUGUUUACCUUGAGAGCUUGUUCUUCCUCUAGGCCAAGUUCAGAAGGUCUGGAUGCAAAUAUCAAUAUUUUAAGUAUUCCACCUCUGAGCUUCGGGGAGAGAUUUGAGGAUGUAUAUGAAGUAAUCUUAAUAUUAGAUGAUCGAGAGCAUUUUACUAGUCAAGGUGCACGCUCCAAGAAAAUGAUAGAGAAGAUUUGCUCUGAAUUCAAAAUAAAAAUAAAUGUUAGACGGUUGCCUAUUGGAGAUGGAAUCUGGAUAGCUCGACAUAAACAUCUUUUCAAAGAAUAUGUUCUAGACUUUAUUGUUGAGAGGAAGAAAGUUGAUGAUUUACGCUUUUCAAUACGGGAUAAUCGCUACAGGGAUCAGAAACUAAGGCUUCUGAGAUCUGGACUUAAGAAGCUGAUAUAUCUUGUGGAAGGUGACCCAAAUUCUUCAGAAGCUGCUGAAAGCAUCAAAACUGCGUGCUUCACAACAGAGAUUCUGGAGGGGUUUGAUGUUCAGAGAACAAGUGGUUUACACGAUACUUUGAGGAAGUAUGCUUAUCUCACUCGAGCAAUAACUCAAUAUUACAAACUGCAUCUGCCUGAGGACCAGUCUAGAUGCACUGGGGUCUGUCCUUCAUUUGAUGAAUUUAUCCUAAGGUGCCAAGAGCUGGAUAAAAUGACAGUCAGUGAUGUAUUUGCCAUUCAGCUUAUGCAGGUACCACAGGUGACAGAGGAGGUCGCCAUAGCUGUUGUGGAUUUGUACCCAACACUAGUAUCUCUUGCCCAUGCUUACUCUCUCCUUGAGGGUGAUGUAUGCGCACAAGAGGAGAUGCUUAGGAAGCAGAGUAACAAUGUGGUGACCUCAGCUGCUAGUAAGAACAUUUUUCGGUUUGUUUGGGCUGAUUGACAAAAGACAGAUCUCUUGUAAUCUAAACAAGAGUUGUCCACCACUAAAGCUUUCUGUGAAUGUUGUUUUUUUGAAGUUCAAUGUAAAUAACAUAAAAAAAUAGCUCAAAUGCAUAAGAACUUUGUAAA